CCUGGCCUGAAUAUAGUUCAUUCUGCUAUACUGAGGGGAGCGACUUCAAUCUUGGCAACACUGCUUAUCGUGAUGUUCUCACAUUCGCUUGGCUGGAGCAUGGUGUCAGUAAAUUGGAAGCUGGUUCACGUUACACCAAUUUUAAAUGGGAUUAACGAAGAAAACCUUUAAGCUACCAACCGGUAGCUCAUCUCUUAGUGCCCUCAAGCAUAUAGAGUCCCUGAUAUGCGACGGUAUACGUUAAUAGGCUGUUACCCAUUCCUCACACUUUACAGUAAUUAUAGCACUAGGGUGCCACCGCACUUUGUACACUCCCAGUUCUGUACGGAGACUAUGGAUAGACUGGAAAAGCCAGUUAGCAAUUUACCGCGACUAUUGAGGGACGUUAUAUCUAGAAGGAACCAAAAAUCGUCAAUCUAGCAGCGUUUUCAUGUUUAACUAAUAAAUGAAAAUGUAAUUGUCUCAUUUACUAAUUUUAGUGCUUGGAAUAUCUUCCUAGGUAAAAUGUUGUAAAUAAUACAAGCUUCAUAAUAGUCUUCCGAUCUACUCUACUGCAAUGAAGACUCUUAGAAGAACACAGGACGUCUUCGAAAUCGAGAGAAACAUAGUUGUAGAACCAGAAGUCAAAAAUUUAAUGUUGGAUCUUGAAGACUGGUUCAGUCUAAUAGUAAAAUCUGAGAAUAUACUGAGUUGGAAAAACCCUCGAUCAACAUUGCUUGUGAUAUUUGCAAUCACUAUUUUGUUUCUGUUGGUUCACGUAUACGAACCACCGGUCCUAUUGGUUAUUGGUUGUUCAGGAUUGCUUUUAAGCUUAAUAGACUACUUCGGACCCUUAGUUUUGUCUAGAGUGUUCAAUAAACCUCCAAGUUACGAGGAUCACUGGUGUUAUUGGAAUUUUUGUAAACGUCUUGUCCACAUGCGUCAUGUACUGAUCAACUUCUUUGUUUUUGUGCAUAAAGUCCGAUAUAGAAACGCGACUCUACAUUUCCUAACUAGUUCAUCUCUUUUGUGCAUAGUUGGAUUUGUUGGACUACAUAUUAGUGAUUUGUGUCUGGUUUAUCUCUUAAUACUCGUUUGCUUUAUCGCACCAAAUCUGCAUCCUAAAGGAAUACUAAAGGUAAGACUUUUCUCAAUCCUUAACUUUAAGAAAGCAUGCCUAAAAGCUUCUGUUUGCACUUGAUGAUUAGUUAAGUGGUUGUUUACUAACCAGUCAGACACACCAUAAGCUCACUUAAUUGUUAACAAAAAACCAGAUCAUCCUGAUAAGUACGUUCACGAGACUCAACUAAAGUAUCACAACAUUCAUUGGUCGUAACGAAAUCUACUCACCAUACAUGAUAACUGAAUUGCCUUGUAUCUCAAAGUGAAACCAUAUCGUAAAUACUUAUGUGAUAAAAAUCAAUCUAUGUAGACGCACAUUUGAGUCUUGUGUUCCACUUAUAUGGUGAGCAUGAUUUUUGAAUAAAGAUAGUGAAUUAUUACCGAUUAG